CAACUAAUGCAGCUAGAGCACUAAGAACAGGAUAGACAUGACAUUCUGUUUCUUGGUUGUUGCUAAGAUAUACUAGCUGGUUGCCAGGGUUUUUCAUGGUGGUUGCUUGAGAUUUUCUUAAUGGUUGCUAAGGUGUGCUAGCUGGUUUCUUUUUCUUUCUUCUUAGUGGUUCCUAGGGGAUGCAACUGGUUGCUAUGGUAUCUUUUGGUGGUUGCUCCUCAAGUUGUUCAGUCUGACCACCUGUCUUCAGUCUAACAUCUCCUCAAGUCUGUUUAGACCUGGUGUGUAGACCUGGUUUAUGUUGACCUGGCAUGUCCCUCUCAAUAGGACGAGCUGCUGCAGGUUUAGUUGUAGUCUGUGUAGACCUAGUGUGUGUAGACAUGGUGUGUCUCUCUCAGCAGGAGGAGCUGCAGCAGAGUCUAUCUGGCGCUCACUGAAGCCACAGAUUGUCUAAUUAGAUUAAGCAAGGCUUUCCUCAGAUAAUCAUUUAGCCAGCUCCUGUUUUUUCCUCCGAUGGAGCGCUGCUUGUGACUGUGAGCUUGCUGAAGGUCAAACGGAAUUUCUAAAAAACAGGCUGGUUUUGUGUGUAAAUUGUGGUCUUGGAGCAGGUCUGCAUACUGCCGAAGCUGUGGCCAGGUUAUGGGCUGUUUCUGGAGCUGUGAGUGUGACGCUGCUCAGAGUAAUCAGACUGCCACUAAUACCUGCUGCUGCUGCUAACAGGAGGCGAUGGGGGAAAUUUCUUCACAGAGUCCCUGUACGGCCAGAUUUGCAACUCGGGCCGACCACUGAGUCUGUGUUUUUUGGGAAGGCCUCUGUCGAGUCCCAGAGGAAGGAGACAUGGCUAACAACUCUUUUCGUGGGUCCAAACAUGGACGACAUGGCGAGGCCAACCACGAAGGGGAGUUCAGCUGCUCACUACAGGAGCUGCGCUCGCUCAUGGAGCUGAGGGGAGCUGAGUCACUGACCAAGAUCCAGGAGUGUUAUGGAGAUGUUAACGGACUGUGUGCCAGACUGAGGACCUCACCUGUUGAAGGUUUAGAUGGAAACUCUGAGGACAUCGACAGAAGGAAACAGGAGUUUGGACAGAACCUCAUCCCUCCUAAAAAGCCAAAAACCUUUGUGCAGUUAGUGUGGGAAGCCCUGCAGGAUGUCACGCUCAUCAUCCUGGAGGUGGCAGCCAUCAUUUCACUAGGCCUUUCUUUCUACAGUCCGCCAGAUGCUGGGAGACAGAACUGUGGCAGUGCGGCUGGCGGCGUGGAAGAGGAGAGUGAGGCGGAGGCUGGAUGGAUCGAAGGUGCUGCCAUCCUUUUGUCGGUGGUGUGCGUGGUCCUGGUGACAGCCUUCAAUGACUGGAGCAAAGAGAAGCAGUUCCGUGGCCUCCAGAGCCGCAUUGAGCAGGAGCAGAAGUUCACCGUGGUGCGAGGGGGGCAGGUGAUCCAGAUCCAAGUGUCCGAGCUCGUUGUUGGAGACAUCGCUCAAGUCAAAUAUGGUGACCUCCUCCCUACUGAUGGUGUCCUGAUUCAGAGCAACGAUCUAAAGAUUGAUGAGAGCUCGCUGACCGGAGAGUCAGAUCAUGUCAAGAAGAGUCUCGACAGAGACCCCAUGUUGCUGUCAGGUACCCAUGUGAUGGAGGGCUCUGGAAAGAUGUUGGUCACCGCUGUAGGUGUGAACUCUCAAACUGGAAUCAUCCUCAUGCUGCUCGGUGCUAGUGAAGAAGGUGAUGAUGGUGAGGACAAGGCUGAGAAAGAGAAAAGGAAGAAGGAGAAAGAGAAGAAAAAAGAGGAGCGGAAAAAGAAAGAGAAGAUGGACAAGAAAAGUAAAAAAGAUGACAAAGAAAAGAAAGGAAAAAGCAAGGAUGGAGCCUCCGUGGAAAUGACACCACUCAAUGAGGACGGAGAACCAGAGAAAAAGACAAGCCUGCCAAAGAAAGAGAAGUCUGUCCUCCAGGGGAAGCUCACCAAAAUGACUGUGCAGAUCGGAAAAGCAGGUCUGUUUAUGUCAGCUCUCACUGUCAUCAUCCUCAUUGUUCGCUUCCUGAUCGAUACCUUCUGGAUUCAGGCGGUUCCCUGGAACACUGAGUGUAUUCCCAUCUACGUGCAGUUCUUGGUCAAGUUCUUCAUCAUUGGUGUGACAGUGCUGGUGGUGGCUGUGCCUGAAGGUCUCCCUCUGGCUGUCACCAUCUCCCUGGCAUAUUCAGUCAAGAAAAUGAUGAAAGAUAACAACCUGGUCCGCCACCUGGAUGCCUGUGAGACAAUGGGUAAUGCUACGGCCAUCUGCUCCGACAAGACAGGCACUCUCACAAUGAACCGCAUGACAGUGGUGCAGACCUACAUCGCAGGACGGUACUACAAAAAGGUGCCAGAACCGGACCUGAUUCCUGCCAAGAUCCUGGAACUGCUCAUCACAGGCAUCGGGGUCAACUGCGCCUACACCACCAAGAUUAUGCCUCCAGAGAAGGAGGGCGGGCUGGCUCGCCAGGUGGGAAACAAGACUGAAUGUGCCUUACUGGGACUCUCCAUCAAACUGCACCGAGACUACCAGACCAUCCGCAACGAAAUCCCAGAAGAGAAGCUGUUCAAGGUCUACACCUUCAACUCUGUGAGGAAGUCCAUGAGCACUGUGCUAAAGAUGCAUGACGGCAGCUACCGAAUGUACAGCAAGGGGGCCUCUGAGAUCCUGCUCAGGAAGUGCUGUAAGAUCCUGACGGCCAGCGGCGAGGCCAAAGCGUUUAAACCUCGGGACCGAGACGACCUGGUGAAAAAGGUGAUUGAGCCGAUGGCGUCGGAGGGCCUCAGAACCAUCUGCCUUGCCUACAGAGAUUUCCCCGCUGCUGAUGGAGAGCCUGAGUGGGACGAGGAGGCCCACAUCCUCACCAACCUCACCUGCAUCGCCGUGGUUGGCAUUGAAGACCCUGUACGACCUGAGGUACCAGAAGCCAUCAGAAAGUGCCAGCGGGCCGGGAUCACUGUCCGCAUGGUUACCGGAGACAACAUCAACACCGCCCGGGCCAUCGCUACAAAAUGUGGUAUCCUGCAACCUGGAGACGACUUCCUGUGUAUGGAGGGGAAAGAGUUCAACCGACGGAUACACAACGAGCUGGGAGAGAUUGAGCAGGAGCGUAUUGACAAGAUUUGGCCAAAGCUGAGAGUCCUCGCCCGAUCAUCUCCAACGGAUAAACAUACCCUGGUCAAAGGUAUCAUUGACAGUACUGUGCUGGAGCAGAGGCAGGUUGUCGCUGUAACAGGUGAUGGUACAAAUGACGGUCCUGCCCUCAAGAAAGCGGACGUCGGCUUCGCCAUGGGCAUCGCAGGGACGGACGUAGCAAAGGAGGCAUCUGACAUCAUCCUGACUGACGAUAACUUCACAAGUAUUGUGAAGGCCGUGAUGUGGGGCAGGAACGUCUACGAUAGCAUCUCCAAGUUCCUUCAGUUCCAGCUCACUGUCAAUGUGGUCGCCGUCAUCGUGGCCUUCACCGGAGCCUGCAUCACCCAGGACUCUCCUCUGAAAGCCGUGCAGAUGUUGUGGGUCAACCUCAUCAUGGACACCUUUGCUUCGCUGGCUCUCGCCACCGAGCCACCGACCGAGGCACUACUGCUCAGAAAUCCGUACGGCCGCAACAAGCCGCUCAUUUCCCGGACCAUGAUGAAGAACAUCCUGGGACAUGCCAUCUACCAGCUAACCAUAAUCUUCACCCUGCUCUUCAUUGGUGAGAAGAUAUUUGACAUCGACAGUGGCAGGAAUGCCCCCCUCCAUGCCCCGCCCUCUGAGCACUACACCAUUGUGUUCAACACGUUCGUCUUGAUGCAGAUAUUUAACGAGCUCAAUGCUCGCAAGAUACAUGGUGAGAGGAAUGUGUUUGAGGGAAUCUUCAAAAACCCCAUCUUCUGCUCCAUCGUCCUGGGAACCCUCGUCACACAGAUCGCCAUCGUGCAGUUUGGUGGUAAACCGUUCAGCUGUGUGCGUCUGACCAUCGAGCAGUGGCUGUGGUGUGUCUUCCUGGGCCUCGGCAGCCUCCUGUGGGGACAGCUGGUGUCCAGUGUCCCCACUAGCUGGCUGAGGUUCCUGAAGACAGCAGGUCACGGCACCCAGCAGGACGAGAUCUCUGAGGAUGAGCUGGAGGAGAUGAAGGACCUGGAUGAGAUUGACCACGCUGAAAUGGAGCUGAAGAGGGGCCAAGUGCUCUGGUGCCGCGGCCUCAACCGCAUCCAGACGCAGAUUCGUGUAGUGAACGCCUUCAGAGACAGCGUCUCUCCCUACGAAGGUCUGGAGACGCCCGAGUCCCGCAGCUCCAUCCACAACUUCAUGAGCCACCCUGAGUUCCGCAUCGAGGACUCUGAGCCUCAGAUACCCCUUAUCGAUGAGGUAGAAGGCGAGGAAGAGGCCCCCACCAAACGCAACUCCAUUGUCAUCCCGCCACCGCUAACUGGAUUGUCCCACCUGCCGCCUCUCCCGUCCUCACCCAAUCAGAACAACAGCGCCCUGGACCGCAUUGUCCCACUGCACAAGGACGCCUCCAGGUCCGGUCUAAUCCCGCCCAACUCAGCAGGUUUGCCGCCAUGUCCGGGGAGCCCCCUCCACAGCCUGGAGACCUCACUCUGAAGCCCCACCCCCUGACCUGACCACCUUUUGUUACUGUUGGUCUGCUCUUACUGUUUGUUACGGCGAGAGUUCUGGUUCUUCUGAGAGCCAAAGAAUGAAAAAAAAAACAUUUUAAAAACAGACUUGUCUGAUUGGUUCUCGUCAGGAGUUCACCUGCUGGUUUUUAGGAUCCAGGAAGCAGAAAUGUUUCCAGGUGUGUUUGUGGUUGUGAGCUGAGCGGCGGUGGCAGGUUCACAGACUUAUGUUUCCUUCUUUACUUUAAUAGACAUGAACUCUGCAGUUGUUAUUUAGGAGAAAGAGUGUUUGUGAGGUGGUCGAUCAAUAAUCAGUUUCUGAUCUGUAAAUAUUCAUGUUGAUGUUCAGACGUAGUCAGAGCUCGUUUUGAUCUGCAUCCUGUCAGUUUGUCAGCAACCGAGCUGAUGUGAGGUGACGGUGACGAGUUCGGGUUAGUUUUAUGUCAAGGUUUAACUUUAAGGAUCUGUGACUGAAAUGUAGUAAAUGUCUUACGUUGGAUUUUAUUCUAGUGUUUUUGUAAAAAAUGUUUUAGGUUGUUGUUGUUGUUUCAAAAGAUGUAAAUCUUAAAGUUAUUAAAAGUUUAAAAAAACAA